UGUUUAGAUGUUGAUGCCCAAGAAGAACCGAAUUGCCAUCUACGAACUCCUUUUUAAGGAGGGAGUGAUGGUGGCCAAGAAAGAUGUCCACAUGCCGAAGCACCCUGAGCUUGUUGACAAGAAUGUGCCCAACCUCCAUGUCAUGAAAGCCAUGCAGUCUCUGAAAUCCCGUGGUUAUGUGAAAGAGCAGUUUGCGUGGAGGCACUUCUACUGGUAUCUGACCAAUGAGGGUAUCCAGUACCUGCGUGAUUACCUUCACCUUCCCCCUGAGAUUGUCCCUGCAACCUUGCGCCGGAGCCGCCCAGAGACUGGCAGACCACGGCCCAAAGGUCUGGAAGGUGAACGCCCUGCGCGUCUUACUCGGGGAGAAGCUGACAGGGACACGUACAGACGCAGUGCUGUUCCACCUGGCGCUGACAAGAAGGCUGAGGCUGGGGCUGGAGCAGCCCCUGAAUUCCAGUUUAGAGGUGGAUUUGGUCGUGGACGUGGUCAGCCUCCUCAGUAGAACUUCCUGCUCAUGUUUUGUGUAUAAUAAAAUAGGUGAAAAUGCCA